UGUCAAAACUGUCAAGUCUCAAGUUGACAUAUCACGCGUGUUACAUGAGUUGUGUACAUCUUUUCGAAUUAAAAUGUCCAAUUCGGUUGAAAGUGGCAAAAGUUGGAAACAAAUCCACCGAGAAAGCAAAGAGCUGAAGAAGAAGUACAAGGACCAAAAUCUGGAGAAGAAGUUGGAGAAACGAAAGCAAAGGGAAGCAGUCGAUCAGCAGAAACAACAAAAACAAACAACUGUAGCGCCAGUCAGAUCUGUAUCGACCGUCAGCAUAGCCGUACCGGGCUCAAUUCUAGACAAUGCACAGUCCCAAGAACUGCGAACAUAUUUGGCCGGACAGAUAGCUCGAGCCGCUUGUAUAUUCAAAGUGGACGAGGUGAUUGUGUUCGACGAUCUUGGUGUGAAUUCAUCGACGAAUCCGAAACGGUCGCGUGUCGAAGAGAUAAACGACGACGGUGAACAGAUCCGACAUUGCUGUGUGCAAUUGGCACGGAUAUUGCAGUAUCUGGAGUGUCCGCAGUAUUUGCGGAAAUUCUUCUUCCCUUUGCACAAGGACCUGAAAUUUUCUGGUCUUCUCAACCCACUAGAUGCUCCUCAUCAUCUGCGGCAACAAAAUGAUUUCAUUUAUAGGGAAGGAAUUGUAACGAAUAAGCCAGCCAAGGAGACGAAAGGCUCAUAUGUUAACAUCGGACUGCUCAACGAUUGCUUGGUCGACAAAAUAUUGAAUGCCGGAUUGAGGGUUACGGUUAAAUUGGAUGCGAGCCAAGACCUAAAAUCACGUAAACUGAAAGGUGUCAUCGUAUCACCUUCCGAGCCACGCAACGAUACCGGCGUUUAUUGGGGCUACACCGUACGCAUUGCAAAAUCGUUGUCGGACGUCUUCCUAAAAUCACCAUACGAUAACGGCUACGAUCUAACGAUCGGCACAUCGGACAAAGGUGACUCCAUCCAUGACGUGACAGCCGAAUCACUGCCAUACAAUCAUGCGUUGAUCGUUUAUGGUGGCUUGCAAGGCCUUGAGUCGGCACUGGAAACGGACGAUAAAUUGGACGCAGAAGAUCCGAGUUUGCUAUUCGAUCAUUACCUGAACACUGUGCCAUGUCAAGGAUCCCGCACAAUACGGACGGAAGAGGCCAUUCUGAUAUCGCUGGCAUCGUUGCAGGAGAAACUGCAACCGCAAGUGAAACCGAAGGAAUUUGACUUGGGCGAAUCUAUACCGCAAAGUGAGGAUACGGGCGUUAAGCAAUUGGAACAUAAAAUGCCCAAGGAGAAGAAAGAGAGACAACGAAUAGCACCGGAUGUUUCAGGUGAUAUGGACAGAUUUGAUUGAUUUUUGGUUAAUAAAGAGAAAGUUGUUGAAACGAA